AUGGCUCUCAGAGUAUGCAGCGCCUAUUGCACCGUUUCUACAGACUCUAAUUUGGUACUGGCAGGAUUACCCCCACUCCAUCUCUUGGCUGAAGAGAGAGCCAGACUUUUCCGAUAUGGAAGAACAACCACAGCUGCCGAAAAGGCGACUGAAGAGCAACAAGAGCAACAAGAAUGGGACAUUUCGACAAAUGGCCAAUGGACACGAAGACUUAUAAGAAAUAUUAUGACAUGGAUCCAUAGAAAAUGGGGGAAAUUAAACUACCACUUGACACAAUGCUUCACGGGUCAUGGCACCUUCGGCAAUUAUCUAAAAUAA